ACUAAGAAACGGUCCCCGUUUAAAAACAACUACCUUCUAAUUAGCUAAACAAUAAUAAAAUGAGCUUAUUCAAAAAUUGUUUUGUGUUCUUUUUAUUGAGUUGAGAUAAUCAUGAUAGAUAUUUAUUUUUUGGCAAUAUGUCAAAUUUUACAUGGCAAAUAAGAAAUUGUAUCAUUGUUAACUAAGCUCCCCAUUACAAAAACACCUCUCAAGGAGGUGUUUUGAUUGCAGAUCACAUGACCUGCUCCACAUGAUGUCAUUUCCUCCUGGAGAACAGACUGGCCAGACUCCAAGGCUUUCUGAAUUAUUUAAUAUAAAGUAGUGUGUGAGUCAAGUGUCAACAGGUUUACUACAAUAUUUUUAGGGGGAAAAAAAUCUAUUUUACUCACUUGUAUUUAUAAUAUUUAGAAGAAUCUUUCUGUAAAAAUGCCAUGUGGUGUUUGGUUGUAGGCGGCCAUGUUGAUUUCAGGCCUGAAAACAACAAAAAGGUCAACUAUGAUACAAAAAGUCCCACUAUUAUAUAUUGAUCCAGCUGAUUCUGAAUUCCAUUUAGCUGCUUCAGUUGAAGGAUCCUGGUGCAUGUUGAUGCGCUGCCACAAUGUCAGGAUAACUGGGACUAUUAAACAGAGCAUAGCCAGUGAUAAUGUUUUUAGUAUCUGUUGUUUUCAAUUUCUGCUGUGAAAAAUUCUGAGGAUUUUUACUCCCUCGUGGAGCCUCGGGCAAGAUUUGGCUUCUGGAGUCUCACUCCACAUCCCUUUGUUACUUACUUAUCACAAACAUACACUAGCUGUCUUUACGUUGUUGAGACAUAGCAAAUAAACUGCCAACUGUGAGCUUUCUGUCCUAUCUCAGUCUACGUGAAGCCAGUGUACUUCGAUUAUAACUGCUUUCUCUGGCACUAAAAUAUUUUUUUGUGAGGUUUUUGCCCAGACUUUUACACACUACCACUGCUCACAGAGGGCAAUUAAAAGAGUGUGCCAAUCCCUUAAAAAUAAGAAUAAGAUGAUUUCUAGCUGAAAUGAGGUUUUGGGGCUAUAUAGUUUAUUUUUUAUUAGUUUUAAACAUGCACUGCAUUUAUGAAUAGUUGUUACAAAUAUAAUGGUUACAGUUAAUUCAGAUGAUACAUCCCUUAGACCCCAAUCCCUUUUUAGUUGAGAAGCUGGGAGUUUAAAUUAAAAAAAGAAAAGAAAAGAAGACCAACAACAACACUGAAAAGUCAUGUGGGUGCACUGAGUAGAGCAGGGAACCUUUGGCCUAAUUUUUCUGUGCCGUGGGCCAGUCCUGGAUGGCAUCCUGGAUCUUUUGUUAAACUGUAAUGAAAUAACUGAAUGGAAACAAAGCUCUAGAGUUAGACCUUCACAGUGACACUAUUAGAAGUUCACUGUGCUACAUUUUGUAUUAUUAUAGCAGGUUGAGUCCAAACACCGUGUCCACAGUUUGACCCCCUGGCUGGUUACAGUAUUUCAUACCCAAUAAAUCAUUUACAGCAUCUGCAUAAUGCAUUUUAUGUAUUCACAUUUUAGGAGUUCCUGCACAGUUCACACACAAAUUCAUACACUACAUAUUGUGUGUGCCUGUCAAAGAGUCAUCUCUAUGGCAACGUUGUCAUAGCAAAGCUGACAAAUCUAAACAAUCUGUGUUUGGGUUCAGUCCACAUGCUGAGUUCCACGGAUAAAGUCUGACACGGACACUCACCUCAAGAUCGGAGCUUUAAUAUGGUAACAACAAGUCAGGAACCUUGGGUUGGGACCUGGAGGCCCCACAAGCCCAGAGGACCUAUAGCUGCACUCUACAGUAGCCCUGGGCCAAAGUAUGCACUGCCGGGACUCACAGGCAGUGCUACACACGACCCUACUCAUUACAAAGCACCGAUGUUCAGCUUUGGGAUACGUCCAAAGGGGUCCGCUACUAACUGCUCCCCUGGACCAAGUUAUCUAAUCCCUUCCAACAUCACCAGGCAGGGCACAGAGGGAACUCCUGCGUUUUCACUCCGCAGCCGCCCAAAGGAACCAGAAUUGUCCAAAGCUCCUGGACCAGGACACUACUCCCCAGAGCGUUCAGGGAAGUCGAUCUUUUCCUCGGCUCCAGCUUAUUCUCUAUCUGGGAGAAGCAAAGAAUUCUACAAUAAACAAACACCAGGUCCAGCCACCUACAAUCUGCCCCCAAUACUGGGGCACAAAUCUGGGACCACAUCUUCAGCUCCUUCCUACUCACUCUAUGGCCGCAGCAAAACUGGAAGCUUCCAUGAAGACCUGAAGAAGACUCCUGGACCUGCUUCCUACAAAGUCGUGGACCCCUCUAUUUACAGCCAGAAACCUCCCGGGUACAGCAUGACAGGCCGCAACUUUGUUCCUGGUGAAGGCUCAAAGAAACCAGGACCUGGAGCACACUAUCCUGAGAAAGUAACUAUCACAAGAACAAAAGCUCCAAGCUUCUCCUUUGGAGUGCAUCAUUCGCAAUACAUCACUCCCCUUAUUGUAAAUGUAGAUAACUGAUGUCUUGUGGGGUUUCUUCUUUCAAGUGGAAAUUCCCACAGCACUUCUGAAAAAGCAAAAAAUUUAUAUCUCACAAGAUUAAUGAGGUCUUUUGUUAUUGCCACAAUUACAGUAUAUGCCAGAUUGUAAUGGCACUUGAUUCUUUGUAGUAUUUCAAGUAAAUUACACUUUUUCCCCCCAAUAAAACAAAUCAGUAAUGAGCAUUGGACAUUUAUGUUAAAAUCUAAAUUUUUCAGACCAGCUUUAUUUCCAGUCUGGCUGUUUGUUGUGGGUUUUAAAAAUAGAAUAUUAAAUAUGGGAAUGAGGUAUUUCACAUGAUCAAUGGAUAAUCAGAAGCCAAAAGCUUGUGGAGCUGGCAAAUAUACCACACUGACACACCUUAGCUGCAUUGAACACACAAUGUCCCGACACUGAGCCGAGAUGGAACCAUUCUACUCAUCGUUUCCUGAUUAUUUUCAAGUAAAGAUUCAAUACCAGCACCAGAGGACGAGCCCCUCAAAACAUCUCAAAAGUUUUGUAAGAUUGCAUUGCAGCCUCUUAAUGGAGUGAAAAAGUAAAAGCAAUUAAAGCUGCAAGCAGCGUUGGAUGGGUUCUCACAUCCUUGCUGGUCGGCGAGUCCAUGCAUGUCCACUAGGUGGCGUUUAGACCGAGAGUGCAUGUCCAACAUGUGAACGUGAUGGGGGUGGGCUCUGAUCACACAUGUAAAAUUUCAGGCAGAUUGGAGCAUGUACAGGCUAGUCCAGGGGUCGGCAACCUUUAACACUCAAAGAGCCAUUUCGACCCGUUUCUCACAGAAAACACUGGGAGCCGCAAAAUCUUUUGGCAUUUAAAAUGAAGACAACACUGCAUAUAUCGCUUUUUUACCUCUAUGCCCUUGUUAAUCAGUCAUGAUUAAUUAAUUACAAAGCCUCAAAUUAGAUAGAUUCAUUUUUUAAUUGUGUCCUACUGCUAAUAUUUAUCUUACUUAGUUAAUGUCAUUUUUGCUCCUGGACCUCAUAUGUUACGUAAUGUUAGCUGGAAAUCAAUAUUUUGCGAAUGUCUAUUUAACUUGUAAAAUCUAUUUAUCUAUUUAUCUUAAGCUAAUAACUUUUCUCUGGUAAGUCGCUGCCCUAUUUUCCAAGAAGAUACUCCUCUGACUCUCUGACCUGCUGCCUGGAUGCUGGACAUGACAUCCAGCUGUGCUCUCGCCAGUAACAUCAUAUUAACCUGACAUAUCAAAGAGUAGACACGGAGUAAGACAAUUAUCCGUAGCUUACCUUAGUACUCACGAGUACCCGACACAAUGCAGGACUCUGCUGUGAAGGUGGAGACGUGCGGCAGUGGUGUAUUUGUGACAAUAAGAAAAAGAAAGAAAUUUGAAGGAGCAACGGCUAGGAAUGGUGGCCCGCCGCUGCUGAAUGAAUGUAGAGCAAACACUGGGAUCUGAAGAUCAGCAGGACUCCAAAUGAAUACCCGCAGGCCGGUGAGUGUCGGAGAUUGACGACUGGGACGCAUAUUUUGACAGACAAAAUAUUAAGACGUUUUAUUUUGAUGUUACAAGAUCACCAUAAUCUUCAAAUUUAGAAUUAAAUUUAAAAAAAUCAACAAUCUAAAAUAAAAGAAAUUUUAAUUAAA